AUAGUCGUCCAAUUUGAACAAUUGUUUAUUUGUCAAAUUGAAAAUAAUCUAUCAUAAACUUACAAAUUCCAAAUUAAGAUAUGACAAUCAAGAAAUAUACAAAGCUUAGUUUAAAAUUGGAUAUCAUCACAUUCACAUCACUCACCCAUAAAAUAAAACUCCCAAGCCUGAUUAUUAAUUAUAAUUAUAAUCACUUGCAAGCUAAUUACACCUUUAUUUUUUUGGGUUUUAUUUUCAACCAACUUUCUUCUGAAGUCUUCAAUCUUGAUGGACCUUUUAGUGAAAACUGGAGCAGUUAGGCUUAGAAGCCAUCUGGACAAGUUUUUAGUAGGAGACGAGGAUAAUGAAAAGGUUCGACAAAGUCGGAAUGGAUCCUCCAAACGAGCCAUUUGGAUUGUUGAAGCCAACGCAAAGAACCCGGAUACGCUCCGGCUUAAGAAUUACAAUUCCGGGCUUUACUUGACUGCUUCCGAUUCCCCUUUUCUAUUAGGGAUGACGGGUAAACGGGUGCUUCAACUAUCCAUAUUUGACCCAAACAGAGUUGAAUGGGAACCCAUAAGCGAUGGGUUUCAAUUGAAGUUUAGAAGUAGAAUAGAAGGAAAGUAUUUGCGGGCCAAUGGUGGAACUGCGCCAUGGAGAAAUUCAGUUACUUAUGAUACGCCUCUUACGGGUGCCUCUAAAAGUUGGACUAUGUGGGAUGUUGAACCCGUUACGGAUCUGGAUCAGGCCUCCUCUAUUCAUCUUUUAUCACCCUUGUCCAGCUUCACUUCGCUUUAUUCUGAUGAUUCUCUUCCGCCUUCUCCUUUGUCUCUCAUGUCCACCGUCACCACUCAUCAUUCCUUUACAAGAAAGAGAUCAGGAAUGGAUCUAUUCUACAACGCUAAAACGGUGCGUUUGAGGAGCCACCACGACAAAUACCUAAUUGCCGAGGAUGACGAAGAGUCCGUUACACAAGACAGAAACGGCUCUGCCCGCAAUGCCAGAUGGAUCGUUGAGUUUCUCCAAGAUGGCAUCAGACUCAAAAGUUGUUAUGCCAAAUACUUAACUGCAUCUAAUCAACCCUUUCUUCUUGGGAUGACCGGUCGGAAAGUUCUUCAGACUUUGCCACGUCGGCUUGACUCUUCUAUUGAGUGGGAGCCUAUCAAGGAUGGUUCUCAGGUUAGGUUAAAGACUAAAUAUGGCAAUUAUUUGAGGGCUAAUGGUGGCUUGCCUCCUUGGAGGAAUUCUGUUACUCAUGAUGUUCCUCAUCGUACUGCUACUCAAGAAUGGAUCGUUUGGGAUGUUGAUAUUCUUGAGAUUCUCGAUCAUUCUCCGCCGCUUAACAAUAAUCUCCCGGAUCUCAAACUCAAUUCUAAUCCAAACUCUAAGCCAACUCCCCUUCCCGUUCAUGUACAAGAAAAAGUUGGGCAAUCGGAUUCAUUUGGGUCUGACAUUAGCUCUAUUUCUAAUGGCUCUGACAUGUUUCAGAGACAAGAGUCAAGUGAUUCAGGGACUUACUUGCCGCCAAAGCAUGAUGGUCGGGCAAUAUAUUAUCGUAUUGCUGAUGAGUAUGGUGGCGUUGAUGACAGAAUGGAGGAAGGUUCCUUCACAUUUAAAGGCCACAAUGUUACAGAGUUGACUCUGAAGCUGGAGGAAGAAACAGGAUUUGAGGAUAUCAUAGUAUGUACACGAAGCCCUCUGAAUGGGAAAUUAUAUCCUCUUCGCUUGCAGCUGCCUCCAAACAAUGCAACCAUGCACAUUGUUGUGGUUCCAUCUACCUCAACAUGUAUGUUUUUUCUAUAUUAUAAAUACUUAUCCUGGGUUUUCGCUGUUAUCUAAUAUCAUCGAUUUCCUACCGCUUUGUAGUUUAUAAUUUUUUACCUGAGUAGGAGUCACUAGUUCACUACUCAGACAUGUCGCCUUCCAUCCCUCCUUGACUGUUGCUGCUAUUCUCAUCUAGUGUAAACUUUUUAUUGCCCGUCUUUCCAAAGCAAUUAGGAUUGGAUUGGUGAUGGAAAUUUUCUUUUGGCUUUAGUUUUUUAAACGCAAUCUCACAACUCCUAAUUUCUUUUUUCUAUAUUUUUUAGUAAUGGUUUUUCCCAUCCGAAAAAAACCAGCUUGUUAAAGUUAUUUGCGGACAUGUUACAAUUGCGUGACUGUGAUUUCCCCUAGUAUCAAUAUUCAUCAAUCAUAUCGUUUAAUUGUGGAGGUGGUUGGAAAUUGCAAGUUGUUGGUAGUUAAGCUUGGUGGCAUGUGGGUGUGUGAUUUGAUUUUUGGAUGACAUGAGUGAAGACACUAUAUCAAGAUCUGGUUGUUUAUCUUUUAAGCGUAAGUUUGUAGUCUAAUGUUAAGUUUUUUAGCUUAAAACAGAAUUAUUGCUCGCCUUUAGCAUUUAGCACACUGCUAUUCAUGAUCUAUGGUAGUCAUUGACUCAUUUUGUUUAUUGAUACCAUCCAAUAAACAUAAUUUUGGUAGUGCAUACAGGAUAUUGAAAACAAAGAUAGUAUUAGGAUCAAUUAUGGUUGCUAGCUCUUACGAAUUGAUUUUCUUGUUAAUUGAUACAACUCACAGUUCAGAGCUUUGCAUUGUCUUUAAGCUCAUAAUAUUUUGUUUUCGGCAACUCUGAGUUCACCUUACAUCUAUAUGUGUGUGAAUUAGUAGAUGGAUUUGUGACUUUGUUAUCUGUUCUAUAAUUGUAAAUCAAUUGCUUGUAGUGUUGAGCAUUAUCUUUUUAUGGGUACUAACAUAAAGAUGGGUGAUUGUCAUGUUUUGAUUUCCAGUGGCACAAGAGUUUUCAUAAGUGAAGGUUUCCCAAAAAAUUUGGACUGAUUUAUGUUGGCUGUCAGCAUUUCUCAUCUGAGGACAUUGGAAACGAGUUUUGUACAGUUUUAUGAGGUUUUGUUAGCAGAUAUUCAAGUUCUAUGUAGGGUUUUGCAUUCUAAUCCAUUGUCAACUUGAAUUAUGUCGUUGUCUACAUAUUCUUUCAUAUGCUUGGGGACCUGAGCUGAGUUUUGUACUGUAAUGGUGGAUAUGUUGGGGACUGAAUGUAUUUUUGUUAUCCUGAAGGUGAACGUGUUUGUAAUCAAUUUUAAUCUUUCAUUGGUAAGUUAAUAAAAAAAUGCACAUGAUUCAUUUCUUUGUC